CAAUGGACAGGAGGUCGUCUGAGGACAUGCCGGGUGCCAUGAUGUUCGGAUGCACCACUACCACGUUGAAGGGGAGUCCCCCUGGUAGCCCGCUGCUCUGGUCACAGCUACCCUCCGAGUCCUCAUCCUCCCUGGGGAAGCCGUUUUCUGAGGCUCCCCCUCCAAAGGGUCCCUCCGGAGACUCCACUUUGAUGUGCAUGGGAGGUGGGAUAAUAUUUAAUCAUUGUGCAAGGAGCAUGGAAAAAUCCUUGAGAGAGAGUCAGAUAAAGUGCAGUCUGCCUGUAUAUAAACCCACCGCACCUGCUCCUGUUGUGUGUGGACUCACAAGGUGCAUCAUGAAGUACUUCAUUCUUCUCGCCCUGUUCGCUGCAGCCUAUGCUGCUCCCAUUGAGGAUGACAAGAUUGUUGGAGGCUAUGAGUGCAGGAAGAACUCUGUGGCCUACCAGGUCUCUCUGAACUCUGGCUACCACUUCUGUGGAGGCUCUCUGAUCUCCAGCACCUGGGUGGUGUCUGCUGCUCACUGCUACAAGUCCCGCGUCCAGGUGCGUCUUGGUGAGCACAACAUUGCUGUCAAUGAGGGCACCGAGCAGUUCAUCAACUCUGCUAGGGUCAUCCGUCACCCCAGCUACAACAGCCGCAACCUGGACAAUGACAUCAUGCUGAUCAAGCUCAGCAAGCCCGCCACCCUCAACAACUACGUCCGCACCGUGUCCCUGCCCUCCAGCUGUGCUGGCUCUGGCACCCGCUGCCUGAUCUCUGGAUGGGGCAACACCAGCAGCUCUGGAAACAACUACCCUGAUCGUCUGAGGUGCCUGGAUGCCCCCAUCCUGAGCGACAGCAGCUGCAGGUCCUCCUACCCUGGACAGAUCACCUCCAACAUGUUCUGUGCUGGAUUCCUGGAGGGAGGCAAGGACUCCUGCCAGGGUGACUCUGGUGGCCCCGUGGUGUGCAACGGUCAGCUGCAGGGUGUGGUGUCCUGGGGUUAUGGCUGCGCCCAGAGGAACAAGCCUGGAGUCUAUGCCAAGGUCUGCAACUACAACUCUUGGAUUCGCAACACCAUGGCCUCCAACUAAAGUCGCUUUACUAGAUGGAACUUUAAUCUGAGGCGUCUCUUUCUAUGACAGCUGCUUCAGGAAAAUAAACUAUAACAUUAAUGUCA